GCCUGUCCGCCGGUCUCUGCAAGGCCAUCGGUCUGUCCGCCCGCCCUCCCUGCUGUCCUCCGCCCCAGCCCCGCUAUUCCGGCAGCGCCCGUCGCUUCCUCGGUUCCGGCCGCCGCUAGCCCGUUCCCCGCCCCCGGGCCGGCCGCUGCCGCUACGCGAGGCCGAGGACUGGCAGCGCGCGUAGGCCGCGCCGCCGCUGAUGGAGCUGGAAUAAAGGGGCGGCCGUGAGAGCAGCCGGUCGCCACACGCCCUGCGCCUGACCCCGCGGGCGGCCUGGAGCAGAACACUUAGAGGCCAGGCUGGCCAGGGAAGGCAUCCCCUUCCUUCUCUUUCCCUCAGAAGAAAACUUAGAAACUUUUCCACGUUAGAGGCAGAAGAGCUGGGAACCUGAAAGUGGGUUGCAUCUGAUUCUAAAAGUUCCUCGCUCUCGCUGUCAUUACCUUAUGCUGCCACAAAGUGAACCAGUCAUCGGGGAAGGCAGAGCCUCUCUGGCACUGCUGGCACCCUGCCUUGAAGACACCUCUGUCCUGUAGGCAGAGCUGUGUAGUCUGUCUUGGUUAAUGACUUGGACCAUCUGACCAGUCCCUUCUCUGUGCCUUGUCUAAGGUCUUUGUCCACACCUGAUCCUGGGCAGCUUCUCUCUCUGGGUUGGAUCACCUUAAGCGGGAAGCUGAAGCCAUUACUCUCUAAACCCUGUUUCAUCUUCCCAAGCAUGUCGGAAAGCUGGCAGCAGCCGCCACAGACGCAGCAGCCACAGCAGCCACCACCGCCACAGCCCCAGCACCACGCAGAACCGCCCCCGGCCCUGGCCGAGCACACGCUGCCCCCAGGCACGGCUGAGAACCCCCUGGGCUGUGCCGUCUAUGGCAUCCUCCUGCAGCCCGACCCGGGACUACAGCCCCCACAGCAUGCGUCCCUGCAGGCAGCAGGUGAGCCGGGCCCCAAGUGUGGUGUGUGCGGCCAUGACCUGGCGCACUUGUCCAGCCCGCAUGAGCACCAGUGCCUGGCAGGCCAUGACCGCUCGUUCCAGUGCACACAGUGUCUCAAGAUCUUCCACCAAGCUACUGACCUGCUGGAGCACCAGUGCGUGCAGGCCGAACAGAAGCCCUUUGUUUGUGGCGUCUGCAAGAUGGGCUUCUCGCUGCUCACCUCGCUGGCACAGCACCACAGCGCACACAGUGGCACUGGUGGCCUAGUGAAAUGUUCCAUCUGUGAGAAGACCUACAAGCCCACUGAGGCGGCUGAACCCGCAGCCACUGCUGCCACCUCGCUGCCCCCAGCACCCCCACCACCUGCUGUUGGCCCUGCUGAACAAGCCGACAAGCCCUACAGCUGCCCCAUCUGCCAGAAGCCCUUCAAGCACCUGUCGGAGCUCUCACGACAUGAACGGAUCCACACAGGUGAGAAGCCCUACAAGUGCACUCUGUGUGACAAGAGCUUCAGCCAGUCAUCCCACCUGGUGCACCACAAGCGUACGCACAGCUCGGAGCGGCCCUACAAGUGUGCUGUCUGCGAGAAGACCUUCAAGCACCGCUCCCACCUGGUGCGCCACAUGUACGCGCACUCGGGGGAGCACCACCUGUUUCGCUGUAAUGUGUGCGAGUUGCACUUCAAAGAGUCGUCAGAGCUGCUGCAGCACCCGUGCACGCCGAGUGGCGAGCGGCCCUUCCGCUGCGGCGAGUGCCAGAAGGCCUUUAAGCGACCCUCGGACCUGCGGCAGCAUGAGCGCACACACAGCGCUGAGCGGCCCUUCAAGUGCGAUCUGUGCCCCAUGGGAUUCAAGCAGCAGUACGCGCUGAUGCGGCACCGGCGCACGCACAAGAGCGAGGAGCCCUUCAAGUGUGGCCUGUGUGAGAAGGGCUUUGGGCAGCCCAGCCACCUGCUCUACCACCAGCACGUGCACACCCUUGAGACUCUCUUCAAGUGCCCCGUGUGCCAGAAGGGCUUCGACCAGUCAGCGGAGCUGCUGCGGCACAAGUGCCUGCCGGGCGCAGCUGAGCGGCCCUUCAAGUGCCCGGUGUGCAGCAAGGCCUACAAGCGGGCGUCGGCCCUGCAAAAGCACCAGCUCGCACACUGCUCGGCAGCUGAGAAGCCCCUGCGUUGCACCCUGUGUGAGCGCCGCUUCUUCUCGUCCUCGGAGUUCGUGCAGCACCGCUGCGACCCAGCCCGUGAGAAGCCCCUCAAGUGCCCAGACUGCGAGAAGCGUUUCAAGUAUGCCUCGGACCUGCAGCGGCACCGGCGCGUGCACACGGGCGAGAAGCCCUACAAGUGUCCCAACUGUGACAAAGCCUUCAAGCAGCGUGAGCACCUCAAUAAGCACCAGGGUGUGCAUGCCCGUGAGCAGCAGUUCAAGUGCGUGUGGUGUGGCGAGCGCUUCCUGGACGUGGGCCUGCUGCAGGAGCACAGUGCGCAGCAUAGCGCUGCGGCUGCUGCGGCGGAGGGCGCCUACCAGGUAGCCGCCUGCUUGCCCUGAGUACAGCUUGCCCUGCCAGACCCAGUCCAGCCUCCUCACAGAGCUCCCCUACCCAGCGUGGGAUUGGAAGACCUGGGCAUGAUGACAGAAGGGCACCAGGCAGGUGGAGAGCGAGGGGGCCUGGCAUUUCGGGUGCCGGCCUGGAGGUGGGGAGUUAGCCACAUUGCCGUGGCUGGUCCUGAUUCCACACACCUCUUUCCCAUUACAGGAUUUGCUUUCUUGAGAGCCAUCAGCCUCCCUUUCUCUGGGGCCUGGAACCAGGCUGGAAGUCAAGUGGCCUCUCUCCACCCCAAGGAGGGGGUGGUACCAGCCCAACCUUCCCAAACCUUUCAGCCUAGUUAGAAACCAGAUUGGUUAGGAGAGAGGAUGGUCAUGGUAGGGCCUGGGAGAAGGGCUGGGCCCCAGAGGGUGGCUGGGUGCAUGGCAUGGCUGUUUGAGGGAGAAGGCCAGUUUUGUGAUGUAGUCCCAGGGACCAGUACAGCAGACUCAGAGCCACAGGCCUCUCUCUCUGCUCCAGCCUGGGGCGAUGUGUCCUCCAGUUUUCUGGCAGGUGAAAUGGGCAGAGGGCUAUACAUCUUUGGGCUGGGUCUGCCUGGAGAGCAAUCAGCCCAGCCAGAAGGGAGGAGGCCGAGAAGUUACCCUGUGACACACUUAGCCGGGGACAGUGCCGUCCAUGGGGAGAGGAAAAGCAACAUUUCACUGAGGGCUAAUCCUGCUGUGUUGGAAGCCCUCUCCCACUUCUGUAGCAUGAGUCCCAGCUCUGGCAGGGAAUGUGCUCUCAGCCAGACAGAUAUGAAUGAAGGGGAUUGUUAGACCACCUGGUGCCUGGGAGGAAGCUGGGCCAAGCCCAUUAUCUUCCCAGUGGAUGCAAACAAGUGUCCCCCCGCCCCCCUUGAAUUGCAUGAACCAAAGCUCAAGGGCGUCUCAUAAUCAGCCUGCCUGAGCCCUGCUUCAGGGCCAAGACCAUGCGUGGGUACCCUGGGUAGGGGAAGCAAAAAGACUGGGGGAGUGGCACCUGACCCCACAGUGCCCUCCUAGCCCAUGGGAACCCUCCCUCAUCAGUUUGGCUACUGGCCUGCAUUCCAGGGCUCUUGCACUGCCAAGAUGGCCUGGACAACAUCUAGCUGCUUCUGAGGCCAGAACAUUCUCCCUUGGGUCCUCCUAGGGUCCCUUAGAUCUCUGGCAGCCCAUGGGGCUCAUGGAGCCAAAGGUGGCCAGAGCAUAGAGAGUGGGUAGGGGAAGAGGGUCAUUAAGGAACCCACUAAGUGGAUGGUGUCAAUUGAUAUUGCUGGACCGUCAGGGCCCUCCUCUGGAAGCCCAAAGGACCUGUAUUAUCAAAGUGAUUAUUUUGAACCCAGCUGUGUCCUUGCCCUUUUACAGCCCUUCCCUGGUUGUGGGUCUUGAAAGAAGCCUUUAAUCAGUGCACACACCAAAGGCCCAGAGGAGCGGGAAACCCACCUUGUCCCACUCUCAUUCUAAGUCUGAGAGGCCCACAUCUGCCUCCUCUAUCUGACGGGGUUCCCCUCCUGUGCCUGCAGAGAGGGCUGGUCCUCCCCCUCGGUGCUGGCUCUCAGUCACAAUGCCUCAAAAGACAUGCAGCCUAGGCUAACAACAGACCCAACUGCUAAUUUUUCCUUUCAUUUUGCUUUCUAAAAGCAGUUGUUAUACUAUUCAUAACAUUAUAUAGUUUAAUUUCAUGUCAUUUUGGAUCUUAUAUAAAAAUGUGAGGAUUUGGAUUUUUUAAAGAAUGCCUCCAUUUUAGAUAGACCCUUUUGAUGUUAAUAUAUAGUGAGUCCAACAUAUGUUUUAGAAGUAAAGACAUUGACCAUCACAGACCAAAGCACUGUAUGUUCUGGUCCUUCUUCCACAGGGGAAUGAUGGGACAUGAAGAGGAGAGAGCGGUGUGCAGGCCAAGGGGCAGGCUUGGGGUUGGGAUUUAAGGCUGGGUUCGAAUCCUGAUAUUUGGAAGUUCUAGUCCUGUGGCUUUGGGCAAGUCACUUAAUCUUUCUGGGACUCAGUUACCUCAUCUGUAAAAUGGGGAGGUCAAUUCUUGCCUUGGUUGGUUGUUGUGGGAAUUAAAUGGAGUCUUGUAUGGAGGCCCUGGUUGGGAAGCUGUGAGGAUGCUGAUAGUACCAAUUGCAGGACACCUAGGGUUCUAAGGAAUGGGCCACAGCCUCUGGCCCUACUUGGAGUUUAAGUGCAGCCCCUGUAAAGGGAGUUGGGCCUGAGGGACCAGCAGCUCAGGGACAGUCACAAGCCAGUGACUGGGCCUGAUAAGCAUGAGCCUGUUCAGCUCCAAUGGAAAACCAGGGCCUGCCUGGAGCAGCAGCAGCCUAGCCAGGGCAGCCCUGCCCCCGGGGAUUGCCUACUGUGGCCCCACUUCCACUCAGCCUGCCACACAGCGACCCAUCUGUUGCCCAGGCCAGCCGCCUCCCUUUCAGCCUUCCUGUACACCUUUCUUCUGUACCUCUACCCCUGUCCCCACGUUGGCCAAAUUCCACUCAGGCUCUUCACAUUUCUCAGAGGCAAGGGUGGAGGAAAGGAGAGAGAGGGAGAAACAGCCUCCCUAGGCCUGGACAUCUCAGAGCUGGUGGAGGGUGGUCAGCAGGGACACCCUGCCAUGGAGGUUGGGGGAGAUGAAGCAGGAAGUCAAAAGCACAAUAGCUGCCCGCACUGCAGGGGGCUGCAAACUGUGUGCCAAAGUGUUGGUGGAAAGGCUGGGGUGCCCCAGGGGACUGGGCCCCCACAUUCCUCAUUCCCACUGUUUGUGGUCAAGGGAGGACCCCGCCCUUGAGCAACCACGUGGUUCCUUCCUGCAGACAUCCUACCUCUCAGCAAGAGGACAUCCAGGGCCCCUGUAUCUGUGCCAGGCUCGCAUCCCAGCUUCCUUUCUAGCCGAGUGACCUUAGGCAAAACCCACUCCCCUUGCAGAAACUCCAGGACUGCCCUGGCAUGUGCUUGGUGCUUUCCACUUUCAGGUUGCCCUUUCUGAAUGGGCAACAGUCUGCAUAUGCCAGGGGCAGGAGGAGCCUUCACUGGGUAUGGCUAAGCUCACACGGAGCCUGCAGUAACUUUUCCUUCCUUUGUUCCCACCCUCAGCUCCCCUCACAAAGCAGUGAGGCUCCUGCAGCUCCUACCUGGCCGGAUGCCCUAAAUGUUCAUGUUUAGCGUUUGUUCACUUUGAUAACAAGUAACAUCAAGCAGGCUCUGCCCAUCUCAGGGCCUCAAUUCCCCAUCUGAAGCAGAGGCCUUGACCUCUGAACUCUGUGGGUCCUUUGAGACCUGACACCCUGAAUCUGGGAAGGUGACAGGAUCAACCCCUGUCUCCUUUCACCCCACUGGCUCCCCUGGCUUCCAUCCUGCUUCUCUCCUAUCUUAGUCUGGUCUCUUGGUUGUAAAUGGCAGACACAGCACACACAGGCUUAAGCAGCUGCCCAGUGCCCCUGGCCACACACACAGGUCCCUCUCCCUCCUCCCUGCCUGGGAACCUCACACUCUGUGUCCUAUAUCUGCUGGGAGUCUCUCCCUUAGAGCAUAGCCUUUUUGGAGGGGACCUUCAGACACUGUGACUAGGGGUAUAAACCAGUCCUUUUUUCUUUAGUCUCUGGGUGAUCAUUCCCUUUUCCCCAACUGCUGGCAGGAAGGGAAGAAGAUAGCACCUUGGGGUGGUGGGUGACAUCGGGGUGAGAGCCAGAGCUGGGAGGAGGGAGACGCUGGCAGGAACUUUGUGUUCCCCUGGGCUGGGAAGGAGGCACUGCACUGGGGGAAGCGGAUGGUGGCAUCUUCGGGUCCUAGGGGUCACUGCCACAGCAGACUGAACCUCCAAAGGCAACUCUCCUAGGGACAUCACCUGAUGGCUUUGCCACACUCACCCUGCGUGGAUGGCUCUGUGCUUGGCCCUGGCGGAGCCGGUGGGAGAGGACCGUGCUCCCUAGGAGUCCUGUGCUCAUGAACCGUGGUGGCAGUGGUGUGGUGCUGUGGUUAAGCGCACCCACAGACCUGAUUAGAGACCUGCCUCUGCUGCUCAUCAUCAGCAAGGCUUUGGGCAGGUUGCUGGGCCUCCCUGAGCCUCAUUUUCCUCAUUUUUGAAAUGGAGCCGGUAAUGCUGUCUGGGCUUAGGGCUGGGGCACAGCGAAAUGACCUGUGCGGAGUGUUGAGCAUGAGUGGACACUCAGGAAGGCAGAGCACUGGGAGGGCAAAGGUGGGAAGGAGUCAGCCCAGUUCUCCCAUCUGAAUGGCAGGGCCCUCCCUGCCCCUACCCGACACCUCACAAGGCCUUUCCCAUCCACCAGCUGGUCUGAGCCUUGUGCCAUUUCAGUGAGAUGGGCAGGGCAGAGCUGAGGAUUCCUUUGUGCUGACCCUUGAGAAGUCCAGGGGCUACCCAAACCCACAGUUAGUGAAAAAGUGGCCUGGAAUUGUGGGGGCUGGCUGGGUGGGCCAGGGAGAAGCUGGGCAGUGGGGCCUAGAUGGCCCUGGACUCUGAACCUCACAGGCCUCCAACUCUAGUCACUUAGGCGUGAGGCUCUUGCUCUGACCCCCUUUUUGCUGGCCCGGGAAAAAGGAACAAUGGCCAGAACUGGUGCUGGCACUGGGUCUGCCAGGGGAGCAGGAAAACUCUUCACCAGCCGGCAGAGGGGUGGCCAGCCCUCUGGCUGCCCUCAACCCCUUGAGGGAUUGAAGCUGCUGUGCGCUGUCUUCCUAUCUGUGCAGAAGCAGCUCUUUAAAGAGCCUUGGCCUCGAUUCUGGAGGGCCUUCUCUCUGUCCCAUCCUCCAUCCUGACCUCCCAGCCCCUCACCUCUUUCCCUCCACCAGAGUGGGCCUUAAACAGGACCGUGGGCUGCUCACUUGGGAAAUUGUCCCAGGGCCUCCCAGCCUGGCCAGGCUCCCCUAUGACAAGCUCUGCAUCCCACCCUCAAGCAGGUGGUUUCUUUGUUCCUUGAAGGUCAUGCCUGGUUUUCACAAAUCUACAGAGAUUACAAAGAUUCUGUCUCCAGGGCUCAGGGCCCUGAACAGGAGAUCAACAGGCAGGGCAGGGGUGGGAGAGGACUGUGGGCCCUCCCUCUUCACUUGCGUGUGUCCAUCCCCACCCUGGGUCUGCAUUCCUGCCUUUCUCUAUCCACAGCAUUACUGAGCACCUGUUUGCCUGGCACUGAGCCGGUGCUGAGGGGCAUGAAGCAAGAACUUCAGAUCAAAGAGUUUGGAGGUUUCUAUGUAUCAAGAAGUAGGGUUAAAAAUGUCAAAGCUACUGAUAUUUAGUACAAAAUAUUACAUGCUUGACCCUCAGCCCUACCCACCCCUUCCCUCAGCUGGGACCCUUACCAUGUCCCUGACCCUCCCCUAUAGCCCAGGGCUGGCAGUGGAGGAGGGUGGGUAUUUAGUGUAUCACUUUGUGAUAAACACUAUUACUUUGUAGUGAUUGUUGCAUUUAGUUCAGAUCUGUGUUGGUUCUGGAAGGCCCCAGGCCUCAUUCCUGAGUCCCAGGUCUACUUAGGAUAAGAAGAGCCAGCAAGCUCAGUCAGUAUUCCUGAGAGCCCGCUGUGGGUCAGGCUGUGAGUCAGUCCCCUGAAACAGCUACAGUUCCCAUCCUCAUAAUUGCGGGGUAAAAUUGGGAGCACUGAGAGAGGCAAGCCUGGAGGAAAGGGUGGGAUCUGAGCAGGAAGAGAUGAGAAAGUAUUUCAGGUGGAUGGAAGGCUUUGAGCAAAGGUUACGCUGAAGCAGACAAGAGCCUGGGGCAUUUGGAACAGCAAGGAGGCUGCUGAUGGUGACGGUGGAGGGGUGGUGUGUGCGUUUGGCAAUGCACAGAGGCCCAGGGCCAGGGUAGUGGGAUAGGGUCAGGCCUGGGGAGGUGAGGCCGUGGAGGCUGGGCUGUUGCCAAGGCAGUGGCGGAAGGGAGGAUCUCUAAUGUGAUCUAUUUAUGAUGAACAAAGAGGGCCCUGAGGCUGAGGGGACUUCCGGGCUAGGAGAGAGUGGCCCAGGCUGGUUGGGAGUAGGGCUUCUUUCCAUCUCUUGGCCUCUGCGUGGGAUGUUCAUCCUGCAGACUCUGCCACUGCCAGCAACUCCAGGAGAGCUUUCUGGUGGGACAUCUCCCAUUAAGCCCUGGUUGAGUGUCCUCAGUUCCAGGGAGCCCCCUCUGGCUUCCAUCUCAUAGCAGGAAGGCAGCAGAGUGUGGUAGCCCUAGGCUCAGGGGGUCAGGCAGGCUGGCUUCAAUUAGCUCUGCUAUUCAUCAGCUGUUUGGCCUUGAGUCAGCCACUUAACCUUCCCACAUCUCUUUCAUCAUCUGUAAAGUGGGUCUAACAUUACUCACUUCAUGGGGCUGGCAAAGUACUUAAUACAUUGGCUUGCACUUAGAAAUAGAAAGUGCAUACUAAAUCAGCCUUGUUAAUGCUCAUUGACUCUGAAUUUCCUUUAUUCUUAGGCAUGCAUUUUUAUAUCUAUGAAAUCAGGAUUGAAUGUACAACUGGUAGGCAAGAACCUAAUUGGAUUGCUGAUGUGGGUGAGCAUUCAUGGCAUCUUGCCUUGAGGAAUGUGGUAUAGGUUAGCCCACAUUCUCAGCUUCUGCUUUCAGGUUUGAAUCAGCUGGGCCUGCCUCUGUCCUAUGGGCCUGGAAGUGAUUCAAAGGCAGGCAUGGCAUGUAGUCAGUGUCCCUCCAGUGCCCAGCAUGGGGCCUGGCGAGGCCUCAAAAGUCGGCUGGGCCAAAUCCCCAGAGGGACUCACCCAGUCAUUCAGUGUCAAGGAAGCAGGACCAGGAUAAACUCUCAGUCACUUGAUUCCCUCUGGCCUGCUGCAGCAUGUUCUCUGGAACUCUCCAGCUGUCCCCAGCCUCACAGAGGCCCAACUCCAACAUCCCUGCUGUGAGCCUUGGACAAACCCAUCUCUUCUGAGUCGUCACGUUGGAGAGGACACUCAGGGCUUCAGAGUACAGAUACCCAGGGGGCUCUGCCAAUGGCUUCCUAAGGUUCAAGCCCAUGGACCACCUGCUGGGCUUAGAGGAAAGGGCUUCUUCCUGCAUGAAAUGGCAGGAGGCUAGACCAUGAGGAAGAAGGGGCUCUGUGAUCUGCUUACCACUCCUGUCUGCUCCCCACGCUCCUGUUUCCUGGUCUGCGGUCAGCAGAGCCCUUACCUGAGGACAGACGGACACCCUUGGUAUAAAGGUAAUGAUUAUUACCCCUAUCCCUAAAAGAAAUUAAAAACAGCCUUAAUUCUGUAAGACAGGCUCUUUCUGCAUAUUAGAAAACAUCACAACUUAACUCCUUGUUUAUUACCCAAGACUAAACAAAAGAUCUUGUUUGUUACUGAGACUAAAAUAUUGAGAACACAUUAUAUGCAAACACUGUGUCAGGGGCUGGGAUUUGCUUUGAGUCCUGGGUUUUGGGUUUGGCUGCAGGCUAACUGCUUCCCUGGUCUGGGCCUCAGUUCUCCCAUUUGUGAAAUAGGGUAGCAUUGGUUCUGCUCAUUUUCCAGCAUGUUUAUGGAGUAUGAGGCCUGGAGGAGAUAGCGAGCCACAUGAAGAUAUGUUCUGAAUAGUGUAACGGGAUCCAGAGUGAAGGGCUGAUAUUCUUUAAGUGCCUUCCACCUGAGACUAGACCCAUGCAUCAGGUGCUCAGUAAACAUUAGGGGAAGGGGAUAGAGAGGGCGUAUGACAGGGUUCCUAGCCUUGGUGGGCACUGACUUUCCGGAGAAUCAGAUGAAAUAUGCCUUUCCAUGGAAAAGCACAUGUGAGUGGACACACGAUUUUGCACAUGAUCUCAGAAAGUUCAUGGGUUCCUAUGAAGCCCCAGGUUCUAGUAGGAGUCCUGAUCCAACAGCUCUUGAGCUUGGUGGCUAUUUACCCUGGUCUUGGCCUGUCCUUGGAGACUAUCCACAGCUGUGGUGGGGGUGGGUGUCCAGAAGCUCUGGGAGCUAAGCGCUGAUGCUGGCUGCUCUAACCCCCGACCAUUCCCAAAACACUCUUCCUUAGCCCCUCGGAGGGCAGCUAUUCUGGAACUGGCCCAGACAUGCCAGGACAUCAUGUCUUCCUUUCUGUAGGUUGGUGGGCAGAUGUGGGCUAAUUCUGAGGCUAUGUGGAUAAAGCAGACAACGUUUUGCUUACAUGAUACGUUUAUUGGCAGUGACUUAGGGAGCAGGCCUCUUCUCUGAGUGGUCUCAGACACCUUAUCUUACUUCUACACUCUGUUGCUUCAAAGAGAAUAGAGGCCAUAGGCCUGGCCAGCCUCCGGAAGUCCCCUGGCGUACACUGCAGUGGUGAUGGCUUCUGAGAGAAGUGUCAAAAACCCCUUUCGAACCCCCUCUUUUCUUUUUAGGGUUCAAGUUCAUAAUCUGAAGUGGAGGGGGCUCAUUGUGGGGCUGCUAACAGGAGACAGGGGCACAAAGGAACCCCAGUCCUCAGGCCUGCCUCUGCACCUCCCCACCAGCUGGGCCUUGGGGCUUAGGUCCUGACUGUGUACCUGGGGUCAUCAAACAUCUUUUUCCAUCCGCCCACCAGUCCCCCAGGAGUUGGUAGGGGGCAAGUAAGGGUAAGACAUUGUCAUCCUGAGGUCAACACAAAACACACACACACACACACACACAUAUACACACACACACACGGGCCUGCUGCCUCCCUAUGGGAGCAUUGGGUUUAUUUCUGGUUAGGCUGGACUCUUAGGGAGAUGGGUGGUGCCACCAUACAUGCUCUGUCCUUUUGGGGAACCUGAAUGGUGGCAUGGUCCAGCAGCCUAGUGGUCGGCCUCUUUUUCACAGAUUAAUGCCAGGGGGUCCGGUAGUUGGCACGACUGUAAGGAGGAAACAGGAGUGAGUUGAGGGCCUUCAGGGUGUCCUAGGGAAAAAAUCAGGCUGUCCUUUUCUAGGUCUUCCCCUAAAACCUACCUUCCUGCCCUCAAGACUCUGAAAACAACGUCCAUCCCAUUUCUAUCUAUUGCUCAAGAGCCUUCAGUAGCUCCCUAUGUCCUUUUAUAUAUUUUUGGCUGCUCUGCCAGACUUUCAAGGCCUCCUUCCAGUUUACCACAUCUUCAUCAUCCACUGAUUCCCUAGCCACGUACUGCUUUACUCAUUUUUCAAUCACUUAGUGAACCUACUCUGGCAGUCAUUAUACUGUAGUAAAAAAAAAAA